AUGACCACAUCUUUAAGCACACGGCAUAGUUUAUUAGAUCACAAACAAAAAUAUCGACAUGCGGCAUCAAGUACAGAACAAUCCAUAUCUAAGGAGGAAGUUGUGAUGAAUAUGGUGAACCCGCCAAUUUUUGAAAUGGAUCUUACUCCACAAUCUUCAACUACAAAACACCGUAUUCAAUUGGAGUCUUUUGAUAAAGAAGAACAAGUUAAUUCUGAGGAGGGGGUGAUUGACAUUACGACUAGUCAUACGUUUACGUUUUCUGUAAACACUGACGCUUAUGAAGUACCCUCGAAAACUGAAUUAAUACACCUUCAUCCACAUUUCAAUCAUCAGGAUAGUACUUUAAAUAUUGGUGCAGACGCAAGUGGAGAUUUGGAAUAUGAUGAAUACGAUGAAUAUGAUGAGACUUCGUCGCUAAUGGAGAAUAAACCACACCAGCAGAACCUGCCGGCAUCAUGGUGUCCACUUCGUGAUGAAGUUGAAACAAACGAAACAUACGGCAAGCAACUACAUCAACAUCACCUUCUUUUACAAACGCAUCAUCAGCAAUCGCAAUACCCACAAUACCCGCUAUACUCACAGUACCCACAGUACCCACAGUACCCCUUAUAUUCACGGCCUCUGAAUGGAAAUACAAAUAAUAACAAGAAAAACGACUCCAACAUGUAUAUAAAGCUGGCUCUUUUAGAGUUGGAGAUUUUGCAUUUGACCAUCAAUCAAGCAUUCCACAUAUUAGACAAGAGAAUUGAAGAUUUGCAUUUGAAUAACAUUCGACAAUUUGAGAAACUACAUCAACUUGAAAUAGCAAAUACUUUAAACGUUGAAAAGAUUAAGAAUUUGAAGCUGGACUUUAAACACAAAUCUUUAUUCAGUAAAGAGUUUGCUAAUAUGAUCAUGGAACAAAACACAACACCAAUACAGAAGCAGACUGAAAGGACUAACACAAGUGACAUUACGUUACAAAACAUUCCCUCCACAAAUUUAAAUCAUUACAUUGCAUUUUUUUUACUCUUGUUCUGCUGCAUUCUAAGCUAUUAUAAAAUUUAG